CUCUCUCAGUGUGUGUGUGUGUGUGUGUGUGUGUGAGUCUCUCACUCCCUCUCUCUCAGUGUGUGUGUAUCAGUAACACCGAACCCGAGGAUGCUCGUUCUGUCCGUGACCUGCGCGUGCGUGCUGCUCGUGCUCGCCGGCCCGGUGUCAUGCGGCGCGCGCGCUCCCGACUGCCCCGAGCGCUGCGACCGGUCCGCGUGCCCGCCGCUUCCCGCCGACUGCCUGCCCGGGGACGCGCUCGACCGCUGCGACUGCUGUCCCGCGUGCGCGUCCGGAGAGGGCGAGCCGUGCAGCACACAGAGCGACUGCGCCGAGGGCCUGCGAUGCUCCGUCACCGGGGGCGUGGCCUACAGCUCCACCGUGCGCAGGCGCGCCAAGAGCGGAGUGUGCACCUGCGAGAGCGCGGAGCCGGCCUGCGGCAGUGACGGGGUGACCUACCGCAACGUGUGCGCGCUCCGGGGGGCCAGCGGGAGCGCGCAGCGACUCAACCAGCCGCCCGUCAUCGUGGUGCAGAGGGGCGCGUGCGGCAAAGGUCAGGACGUGAAUCCCGACAGCCUGCGUCACAGGUACAACUUCAUCGCCGACGUGGUGGAGAAGAUCGCCCCAGCCGUGGUCCACAUCGAGCUCUACCGCAAGAUGGUGUUCACUAAGCGGGAGAUGGCGGUGGCGAGCGGCUCGGGCUUCGUCGUAUCCGAGGACGGUCUGAUCGUCACCAACGCUCACGUCGUGGCCAACAAACACCGCGUCAAAGUGGAGCUGAAGUCAGGAGCCACGUACGACGCCAAGAUCAAAGACGUGGACGAGAAAGCCGACAUCGCGCUCAUCAAGAUCGACACACCGACGAAGCUUCCAGUGCUUAUGCUGGGCAGUUCAGCUGAUCUGAGGCCCGGCGAGUUUGUGGUCGCUAUCGGCAGUCCGUUCUCCCUCCAGAACACCGUGACCACGGGAAUCGUUAGCACUACCCAGCGCGGCGGCAAGGAGCUCGGCCUCCGCAACUCGGACAUGGACUACAUCCAGACUGAUGCCAUAAUCAACUACGGAAAUUCAGGAGGACCCCUGGUGAACCUGGAUGGAGAGGUCAUAGGGAUUAAUACUUUGAAGGUGACAGCCGGGAUCUCCUUCGCCAUUCCCUCCGACAAGAUCCGGCAGUUCCUCACUGAAUCCCAUAAUCGACAGGCCAAAGGAAAAAACACCACAAAGAAGAAGUACAUUGGUGUGAGGAUGAUGAGCCUCACCCCAACUCUUGCGCAGGAACUAAAAGGAAGGACGACUGAUUUCCCCGACGUCACCUCCGGAGCGUUUGUUAUCGAGGUUAUUCCCAGGACUCCAGCAGAAGCCGGCGGCCUGAAGGAGGGUGACGUGAUCAUCAGCAUAAACGGACAGCAGAUCGCGUCAGCCAGCGACGUCAGCACCGCCAUCAAGAAAGACAACACGCUGCGCACGGUGGUGCGGCGAGGAAACGAGGACGCCAUCCUCACCAUCGUGCCCGAGGAGAUCGAACCUUGACCUCUCGCCACGGCACGCCGCGACCCCCCCGCUCUACUCUGAGCUGGUUUCUAGCUAUUAAACAAAAACAACAAAAAACACAGACAUUACGUGGUGUGUGUGUGUGUGUAUCAGGAGCCAUGCACAUUUUGUUUCUUGUGUUUUGUUUUUAAUCUUUUACUUUCUAGUAUGUUUUACAAAAUUUUAACUUCUGAGAUCAGUACGCUGAAACGCUUCGUCUUCUUCACUGUGAUCAGAUCUGAUAGCAUUUAGUUUGUCUGGUUUUAUGAUUAUAAAGAAAAAAAUCCUGUAUCUGCUACAGCGAGCGUGUUUUUAAAGCGCGCGUUUUCUGUUUUUGUAUCAGUGAAACUGUUUCCUUUAUGAUUUCUUUGUGUUUUUGGUUUAUUACGCUUCACGUGUGAGUAAGAGCAGGACGAUGCUGGAGUAACAGAGUCGUAUCUCACAGGAUUCACAGUUGCUUCAGUGCUGAAUAUCUGAACCCUUUAACACACACCGUUGCUGGAGUUUGGUGUGAAUCCGUCAGAAAUGCACCGAUUCGAUUAGAUUCAGGUUAAUUCAGGCUUUUUAAACCAAAUUACUGACACCAGGUUGUUAAUGUGUGUAUGAACUUGUACAGAACUACAGAGUUGAUCUCUCAGCAGAAUAACAGGAAACAUUACAAAUAAAACUUUCUUGGUAAUCCG